GGCUCAACAAUUACCAUCGGCAUAUCGGCAUCCCGUACUUUCCGACCGUCAGAUUAUAUAAUUUACAACUGAACAACGCGACCAUGAAUGUGCCUCUCACCACCGCGGAAGUACCGCCCCAGUUUCUCAAAUCCGCGUUUCUCGUCGGACAUAUCCCCCAGCGUACUUUGGCAGCUGAACCGCGCGUGUCUUACACCCUGUACAUUCCUCCCACCCAUUACAAUCCGGACCCCAGCCGCACCUCUCCCCAACCAAGCCCUUACGACAAAGCCAAGCUUCCACUGCUGGUGAACAUCCAUGGCACCAGCCGCAAUAUUUCGAUGCGAACCGAGCUGGUUUCCUUUGCCGAAUCCACGCCCUGUGCUAUCCUUGCGCCACUUUUCCCCGCCAACAUCGACGGACCCAAUGAUCUCGACUCAUACAAGGUGCUGCGCUCAGCGACACUGCGCUCUGAUCGUGCGCUUCUGGCAAUCCUAGGUGAAGUAUCUACAGUCUGGCCUGGAAUCGACACCGAGAAGGUUUUCUUGGCGGGGUUUUCCGGGGGAGGGCAAUUUGCGCAUCGGUUUCUCUACGUGCACCCGGAGCGAUUAGCAGCCGUGAGUGUCGGUGCGCCGGGAAAGGUUACGAUGCUUGAUGAGCAACUGGCCUGGCCGAGCGGGAUAGCUAAUAUUCAGGAGAUAUUUGGCAAGGGAGUGAAUAAGGAUCUUGUCAAAAAUGUGCAAAUCCAGCUAGUCAUUGGAAGUGAAGAUGUGAAGGUCCAUGGGGGGCGGGAGUUCUGGGAGUGGGCAAAGAAAAUGAUGGCGCAACGGAUGGCUGCGGAAAAGGCUUCUGGGCAGGACAGCGGGACGGUGAAUACGGGAAAGCGAGAGGUGGUGAUGAUGGAUCAGGGACGAUCGCAGACGCUCCAGCAAUUGCAGAGCAGUUGGCAGGCAGAUGGCAUUGAGGCUCGGCUGGACGUGGUGGAUGGAGUGGCGCACAACUCGUUGGGAGUGCAGGAAUGUGUCUUGGGUUACCUGCAGCCGUUGAUGCAAUGAAAGGAUUGAGUAUUGCAGUAUACAUGACGCAUAUAUUAUUUGAGAUUGAGCAGCUGCAAUAUCCCCAGGGAAGCUGCGAAUAUUCGGGAAUGUAUAUCGGGAAAUGGCAGG